UUCGAGCCCAACUUCACCCUCUUCCAGAAGUGCCAGGUGAACGGGCAGGACACCCACCCCGUCUUCGCCUACCUGAAGGCUCACCUCCCCGCGCCGGCCGACGAGGCGGCACACCUGAUGACCGAGCCCCGCUUCGUCACCUGGAGCCCGGUGCGGCGUUCCGACAUCUCCUGGAACUUCGAGAAGUUCCUGGUGGGUCCUGAGGGGGAACCUUUCCGGCGCUACAGCCCCCGCAUGCCUACCAUC